CAAAAUUAAUGCUCUGCAUUCAACAACUGCAGAAAUGGCGGAAAAACAGAGCCUUUAAAGCCCUAUACAUGUUGUUGACUCCCACCCACCAAAUCACAAUCACGCAGAUAUAUGUCUUUUCUUUUUGAAUUUGGCCCCAAGAAAAUAACCUUCCUUUGAUCAUGAUUCAUGUAGUUGGGCGAUCCGUUCACUAGGUAGAUUACAGGAUUGCCUGCAGGUACACAACUCUAUAAAUCCAGGCCAAGCUUCAUAGUUAGUUGUAUUCCCAUACGAGAAUAACCCAAGCUUGCUUCUAUUUUCUUCUUUCUGGAAAGUAAUUGGGUAUCUAUGGAGAAGACAGCGGACGAAGCCAUGAGUGGGAAGCUGGAGGCAGAGGUGGAGCUGCAUUGCUCGCCGGCGAAGUUCUAUGACAUGUUCAGGAGCACAGCUCACCACGUCCCAGACCGCACCCCGACUCAUAUUAAGGCGGUGCAUGUCCACGAGGGAGAUUGGGAUUGUCAUGACACCGUCAAAUUCUGGAUCUACACCUGCGAGGGGAAGCUGGAGGUGUUCAAGGAGAGAGUGGAGUACGACGAUGUCAAGAAAACGGUGAAGCUGAAUGGGCUGGAGGGGGAUGUGAUGAAACUGUACAAAGUUUACAACGUAAUCUAUGAAUUUGUGGCCAAGGAGGACGACAAUGGCGAGGGGAAGCCGCAGGGGGUGGCCAAACUGACGAUUGAAUAUGAGAAAUUGAAACCAGAUGUGCCGCCUCCUACUAAGUACAUGAACUUCGUCACCCUCCAUGUCAAGGAGGCUGAUGCUAGCCUGCUCAAAGCCGCUUGAUUGAUCCCAUCCAUCUCCGUCAUAGAUCAACUUCGCCAUAUUCAUUACUCUCUCUCUCUCUCUCUUUGUGUGUUUUCGAUUUCAAAUCGGAUGUAUCAACUACGUUUGCUAAUAAUCGAUGUUGCAAAAGUAUAUGCAAAUCGUUAAUAUAGAGUGUUUCUAUCGUUGUUGCUAAGAUGAAGAUCUUCAUGAAAAACCUGGUGGUAAUGGUAGAAAGCAUGAUUCCUGGACAAUGGAUUCACAGAGUGAGGGGAUUGAUUACCAUGACACAAUUGCUUCUCUGGCCAAACUAGUUAUAGUUCAUUAUCAUGUUAUGGGCUAUUAAGGAUUGGCUUUUGCAUCAAUUAAUAUGACCAUCUAAUGCUUUUCUUCACGAAGAUCUUCGUGAAAAGUAUAAGAGAUUCAGCA